AUGAAUUCCGACCUGCCUCCAGAAGCGCAUCAUUAUCGCAGGUCGCAGACUCCAGAAAGCCCACGACCGUUGCAUCUCCCAGAGCCCUCUAAUAUCCCAGUCCUCCAAAACCAGAUGGAUCCUGUCUUCAAUGAUACAACCACAUAUGACAUAGCGCUCGAUACCUCUGCCUCCAAAACUUCGGAUCUCAACCAGGAAGACCAUGUGGUGCACAAGAUACCUCUUAACAUGAUACAUGCUCCUGCGCAGCCUGAUGGCUACGUGGAAGGGCAGGACCAUGCGAACGUCCAGAAUAGCGCUUCAAGCAGCAUAGCUUUGAAUGGAAACACAGAAAGUCAAGCGAAUUCUACCAACUCUUAUGCGCAUACUUCAAAUGCCACUGCACCUGAUUUGCAGCGCACCUUGGACUCUUUAGCGCAAUUCACUGAGAAUGCCAAUGCCAACCCUGAACAAGAGCAGCUUGCCUCUAGUGGUGAGGCUUCCCAUGAAGAUUAUGUGUUGCCAAACCCAGAAGUCACUGCCAGUGGUCCCCAUGCCCAACCCGAUCGUGUUGUGAGACCAGACUCUCCGGACGGUGUCUCCAAAGAAGGGGUCAAUUACCAAUCUCUCCUAGAUACUCUUUCUCAGUCUACUGCCACGGCUCCUGCUGCCGACACCCUUACUGCUCCCACCACUGCCUCCGCCACCGAAGAGACAAUCAUCCCGCAAACCGGCUCUGAGAAGUCACUGCCAGUAGUUCCAGGUCUGCCUCCGAGGCCCCCUCCUCAGGAGAAGCCCGCAAUACACCCAAAUUACUCACCCAGUGAAAGUAUCCGCUCAUACCACCACCUUCCUCCGCAAAAUGCCAGCUCCACUUCGUAUCAGGCACAAACAACCAGCUUUCGACCAGCAGCGGGGCUGGGAACUGGAAGUAAUAUCCCUCCUCCACAAUCCAAUGCUCGAGCUGCAAAUGGUCUCCCCCCACCCCCAGUUGCCACUUUCCAACAAUCUCCUGCAAGCAAUGCACCAAUCCAGAGCCCGUCCGUCCAGAGUGUGAAAGACCUGGGUGGGAAAGGCACGAAAUCGCCAAGCCAAAGACAUGAAUCCGAAAGCGCAAACGACGAGGAACAGCCAUGGGGACAAGAAAUUCAGAAGAAAUAUGACCAAUUUUUGCAUGAUGAGAGGAUAUACGUGACGGAAGGUGUAUGGGAUCGCUUCCCUCCUGGAUCGAGACUCUUUGUUGGAAAUCUUCCCACAGAGAAAGUGACGAAGCGGGAUUUAUUUCACAUCUUCCACAAGCAUGGCAAACUGGCACAGAUAUCGCUCAAACAGGCAUAUGGUUUUGUACAGUUCCUUGAAGCAAGUGCAUGUUACGAUGCUCUAGCCAAAGAGCAAGGCGCCUCUAUCAGAGGGAGGAAAAUCCACUUGGAGAUUUCUAAACCACAAAAGGGUAGCCGAAAUUCAGGACCAGCUGAUGGCAAACAACCGCCUCGUAGAAGAUCGAGGUCGCCAGACAGGAGACGAAGCGGAGCCGAUCGGGGGAGCCAGUUCGAACGAUUGCCAUUUAGUGAUUUCCGAGACGAGCCUGCUCGACGACGAGACGAUUAUCGCCCAAUGCGAUCACCCUCACCACGUGGGUUCAAGACUCGCGACGAGUAUCGUGUCCGUGACAGAAGCCCAGUAGCUUUCAACCAUUAUGGUCGCCCCCGGUCCCCACCAUAUGGACGAGACGGAGGAAGAUACAGAAGUCCCAGUCCGCGAGGUUUCGAUGAUGAAGCUGCUCUUCCGUUGCCUAGACGCGAUCCGAGAGAUGUGCCUGAUGUUCAAAUUCUGAUUUUGGAGGAUGUUGACCAACACUUUUCACGUUUUAUCGAGAAUGGUUUCAAGCACAAGGGCCUGCGUGCAGCAACGAUACACCUCAAUCCCCGUAUAACACUUGGCGCUGUGGUCAAGCGGCAAAUCAUUGAAGGUGUACAGGCCGUCGUCAAGCUGACAAGGCACACUCAAUUCAAUCAGCGGAUCCCGCUGCAAGUGUUCGAUCGGGGUACAGGUGCUACGAGCGUGAACUUCAAUGUAGAAUAUGUGGAUCUCGAUGUAAGCACUGCGGCAGAUAUCGUCAUUCAGGCCAGGCAAAAAGAGCGGAUGGCUCUGCCGGCAUCUGCCACACCAGUCCCUGCUCAGCCCUACGGACAUUCACAACCACAACCACAACCACCACCAUACCCGUACCCUCAGCCACCCUCUCAACCAUAUGCACAAUCUUAUCAACAACCGUAUCAGCCACCACACCCGCCAGCUAUCUCCAGCUAUUCAGCUCCACGCGAGCCAUCAUAUGGUGGACCAGGUCCUUUGAGCCCAAAUGGUGGACAGAACUUACAGGAAUUGCUUGCCAAUUUAAGGCAGACACCACGAAAUCAAGCCCCGACCCAGCAUAUGUCAGCAGCUGGUGGAGGAACGCCUGAUCUGGGCGCUUUGCUGAGCAAUGUUGCUCGGCAGCAGAAUCAGAACCAGGGCUAUCUUGCUCAACCAUACCACCACCAGUCAUCGAACAGCCAAUUUCCCCAGCGUCCACCAAUGCAGCCCUACACUAACCCGGCUGGUAUGUCGUCUUAUACGGGAAAUCAGGGAAUGGGAACAGCUUCUCAGCAAGGUCCGGCGCAGAAUGUGCAGAAUAUCAUGGAUCAGCUCGCCAGGUGGAAGCAAUGA